AUGACUCAACUGGAGCGGUACGCCCAGAUGAUGAAAGUAUCGGUAUCAAAGGUGCAGGCUCAUAUCGCGUUAAGCGUCGGUGUCGAAGGGUCUGUGUUGGCGCAAACUAUACAGGCCCGGGCCGACAAAAUUGAGAUCAGUUACGAGAUCGAGGCCGACGAAUCCCCUGCCCGCAUUGCCGGACUGGUCCGCAAUGCCCGCAACGGCUGUUACGUCCGCCAGACGAUAGGCCGGCCCGAACUCUUCCACGACACCAUAACCCUGAACGGGCAGCCCCUGGACUUGGCGGCGUAUCCGCCUCCCGCCAAUUGA